AUGCUCGUUUCGGAACUGGUGAACAAGCUACCAUACGAAUAUCAGCUGGAGUGGAUACGUUUUAAGAGAGGUAAGAUUGGCCUUCCACUCUGUAUGUUCGCCGAUUUUAUGAAUGGAAUCGUGUCGGAAGUUUCUGAACUGGCCGAUUUCAAGGGAGAGCAGAAAACCACAAUGGAUGAAGGAAGAACCCGGCAUAAAAGGAAAGAGCGAGUUAAUACCCACGACGUUAAAGUGUUUCCGGCUACGCAGAAUACGACGUCUCUUAAAUCCAGAAGACCAUGCCCGAUGUGCAAUCACACAGAUCACAAACUGAGAUUCUGUGAUGAUUUCGCAUCAAUCUCGUUGUUCGAACGUCGAAAGUCGGUUGACAGGCUGGAGUUGUGCAACCUUUGCCUGAGCGACCAUGGUAAAAUGAAGUGCACUUUCAAGGUCCGGUGCGAGAUACGAAGCUGCAGAGGAGCACACCAUACGCUGUUACACUGCAAUGAAAAAGCCGUCAACGUCACCGUCGCUGAGUGUAAUCCACAUCAUAAGCGAGAUCAGUCAGUAAUCUUUCGAAUGAUACCGAUUACUCUGUACAAUGGGGGAAAUGCAGUCGAAACGUUGGCGUUCCUGGAUGAGGGAGCUUCAACAACACUCGUUGAGUGCUCGUUAGCUGAUCCGUUGGGCGUCAAGGGUAUUUCGGAACCCCUGGGCAUCUUGUGGACAGGAAAUGUCAAGCGGAACGAAGAGAAUUCAGUAAAAAUCGACCUGCUGAUAUCCUCGGUAGAUUCUCGACGGAAUUUCAUGCUGUCAUCCGCCCAUACCGUGGGAGAACUGAAGCUGCCGUUGCAGAAGGCGAGUUACGGAAACAUCGUAGAAAAGUAUCGACACUUAAACGGAGUUCCUUUGACAAGCACCAAGAUGGAGGUUCCCAGAGUUCUCAUCGGUCUUGACAACCUACACUUAUUCGCCCCUCUGGAGUCCAAGAUUGGUGCCCCGGGAGAACCGAUUGCCGUGCGCUCAGCGCUGGGUUGGACAAUCUACGGUCCCGAUAAUUUGAAUAAUCGGGAACUUCACGAUCUGAUGGCGGAGCAGUACGCUCAGGAGGAGUUGCCUUCACCGUUUGGGCAGUCUAUGGAAUCCGAGGAAAUUCGCAGAGCCCGGGACAUCCUAGAAUCGACAAACGUUCGUGUAGGCAAUCGCUUUGAAACGGGGCUCAUCUGGAGACAAGAACCCGUGUUUCCAGAUAGCUAUCCAAUGGCUUCGAAUAGGCUGAGGAGCCUCGAGAGACGGUUCAACCGAGAACCACACCUGCAACAUAAUAUCAACCAACAGAUCGAAUAUUACCUGACCAAAGGUUACUGCCACAAGGCCACGAAAGAGGAACUGUUGAAUACCAAUCCCUUUUCCGUGUGGUAUCUUCCGCUAAAUGUAGUACUCAAUCCGAAGAAACCACAUAAGGUACGCUUGGUGUGGGAUGCAGCGGCCAAGUCCCAAGGUGUUUUCCUCAAUUCAUACCUGCUCAAAGGCCCUGAUCUACUGGCAUCGCUUCCAGCAGUCAUCAGCAAAUUUCCAGAGCCUCGAGUUGCCGUGGGAGGUGACAUAAAAGAAAUGUACUACCAGCUCAGCAUACGAGAUGCAGAUAAGCAGGCGCAAAGGUUUCUUUUCCGUUUUCCACAAGAUGAUCAUCCUACUGUGUUCGUCAUGGAUGUGGCCACCUUCGGCGCUGCCAGUUCUCCAUGCUCGGCGCAAUACAUCAAGAACCUCAACGCCCAGCAGUUCUCUACUAGUUAUCCAGCAGCAGCAGCAGCCAUAGUUCACCGGCAUUACGUCGACGACUACUUUGACAGCUUCGACACCGAAGAGGAAACUAUCGCGCGGGCCAAAGAGGUACGUUUGAUUCACUCGAAAGGUGGAUUCGAAAUCACCAACUUUACUUCUAAUUCCACUGAAGUUCUUCGAAGCUUGGGUGUUGACGGUGGCUCCAGAGAGUCCAUCUAUUUGAACCGAGAUAAAGCGACACACUAUGAACGGGUUCUCGUACCUACAAACGUAGCGGCCACUGAUGCAGCCCCACCGAAGAAGCGUGAAGUCCUUAGCACGGUCAUGUCUUUGUUUGAUCCGAUAGGACUGUUGGCACCCUUUACAGUGCUUGGAAAGAUGCUCAUGCAGGAUCUGUGGCGAGCGGGUUGCGAAUGGGACCAGCAAAUCGGCGGCGAGUGUUUAGAAAAGUGGCGACAGUGGGUCGCAAUGUUUUCUCUUCUAGUGGAGGGUGUUCGGAUUCCAAGAUGUCACUUUGGGUCGACACCUUCUGACCAAUUUGGCCAAAUUCAGCUCCACAUUUUUACAGACGCUGGGGAAAAUGCUUUUGGAUGCGUUGCGUAUCUGAGGAUUUGCGUAGAGGACAACGUAAAAUGUUCGUUGGUGGUGGCUCGAUCGAAAGUGCCACCGAUUAAACAACUUUCCAUUCUACGGCUCGAAUUGAAGGCAGCAGUUUUGGGGGCGAACCUGAGUCUCGCUGUCAGGAACAAUCAUUCCCUUCCUACAGGCCAAACUUAUUUCUGGAGCGAUUCUCAAACCGUUCUCUCCUGGAUUCAAUCUGAUCAACGUCGUUAUCAACCCUUCGUCGGCUUCAGGAUCGGAGAAAUUCUGAGUCUCUCCAAGUUGACGGACUGGCGUUACGUUCCAACCAAGCUGAAUGUAGCAGAUUCGCUCACCAAAUGGGGUCGUCUUCCAAAUCUUUCGAGCGAGGGUUCUUGGUUGGGGCCGUACCUUUUCCUUCGAAGUGGUUUUUUCUGUGGUUUCAGUUUGUGGUAG